AUGUCAUACAGUGCACCGCCAUCUGCUUUCUACCUUCGGCUCCCCCUUUUUUCUCCGUGGCACUCUCAUUCACGCGUCAUCGUCCACCCCCUCCCACUUUCCCCUUGUCAACACUCUCAACCGUUGCGUCUCACACUUGUCUCUGACCCCCGGGUUUCUCUCGUUCUACUCCCCACCUGCAUCUCACGGACACAACGACUUUGGUACACGAUAACAAUCACAAAUGCUUUCCUCCUCACUGUCAACGCGGAUACGCCUGCCUGCCUGCCUGCCUGCCUGCCAACCGCCACCCGUCUUAGCCCCGCCCCCCGCUAUAAAACCCCACCGCCGCAAGCCUCUCAACCUUUCCAUCAGCACUCAUCCCACCUCCCCAUCUCCCCACCUCCGCACCCUCCCACUUCUUCUCACUUCCCUCUUUGCUCUCCCCUGUCACUCGCCAUUCCCAUCAUGAGCGCCCACGCUGAAGUCGUCGACGUCGAGUCUGGCAAGGACUCUUUCACCAAGACCAUCGCGGACACAUACAAGAAGAACUAUGCCAUCAUCGAGGCCGCUGCCCUUCUCGCCCUCUGGUCCAUCCUCGUUAUCAACGAAGGUUCCAUUCGUUUCAUCUCCGAAAACCCCUCCCAAGGCAUCACCGGCGGUCGUCCGCCCAAGCUCCUUGGCUUCCUGGGAUCUCUCUCCGAGGUCGUCUUCGGCCUGCUCGGCCUUUUCGUCGGUCUUUCUGCCUUCCUUUUGCGUGCCCACAACGCCGGAGCAACCAAACUAGUCAUGCUUAUCCAGACCCUGCUGGGCUACUUUGUCUUCAUCGUCUUCGUUUUCAUCCUUCCCAUCUACCGCGCGGUAGACAAAGGAAUGUUCAGGGACGACCUCACAGUAGGCGAGAACCGCUUCGUUAUUGCCCUGGGUAUCUUGACCUCGUUCCACUUCUGUCUCGCCCUGCAGGGCGGCCAAUUCGUUUUCAUGGCCCGCCUGGUUGCCGCCGCCACGGACACCGACUUUUUGAAGCAGCGCACGGGCGCCACCAUGCGCGCCGUCUUCUGGAACGCAAACCUCGCCAUGUCAGGUGUGUGGACGCUCAUCACGGGCGCUUUCAUCGCCGCCAAGAUUAGCGGAGGGACGCUCGAGAUGCCCUACAUCUCGCCGCCGAACGUUGGAAGGCUCCCCGGCAUGACCAUUACCGCUGGCGUGUUGAUGAUCGCGCUUGGUGUGAUGGGUAUUUUGAUUGCCGGAGCAGGAAAGGGAGUACCGAAGUUUUACUUUGUCACUGUGGCCCUCGUGUACGUGUUCGCGUUCCUCAACUUUGGAAUGGCGCAAUUCGGCAAGCUCGGGUCUCCCGAAAGUCCGCCUCCCGCGGGUAGUGUUGCCCUGCACAAUGGGCUGGUGUUUAUGGUCGUUUUCUUGGGACCGUAUUUCGUUAACAUCGCCGACAAGGAAGUCAACGACAAGGAAAAUAUGUUGUAA